GCGGGUUGGGGGCGGGGGGGGGGGGGCGGCGGGGCCGGGCCCGGCCGCUCCGGCCCUUUGUGUCGGCGAGCGGGGAGCGGCGGGGCUGCGGCGGCGGGACCCCAGAGCCCACCCCACCAGCUGCUUUUCGAAGCCCCCUCCCAUAUAUCACCACCCCCCCACCCAGGAGAGUUGGGGGGGGACACACAGCAGCGACGGAGCCAGGCAGCAUGGAGACCCCAACAACACGACCCCGCUGGCGGCUGCAACCGGAAGGGGUCCGCCGGCGCCCCCCACCCCCCCAGGUCCCCUCGCCGUGCCCGGAGGAGGACACAGAGGGGUCACCGAUGUCCUUGGAGCGGGUGGCCGAGAGACACCGUUGGCCCCGGGGGGAGUGGGCGCGGCGGUUGGUACCGGCGCUGCACGGCGGCGGUGCCGGCACGGAGAUGCGCCGCUUGCGCUUCCGCCAAUUCCGGUACCAGGAGGCGUCGGGACCGCGGGACGUUUGGCGGCGGUUACGGGAGCUGUCGCAGGGUUGGUUACGGCCAGAGGUGCGGAGCAAGGAGCAGAUCAUGGAGCUGCUGGUGCUGGAGCAAUUCCUCAGCAUCCUUCCCGAGGAAAUCCAGAGCUGGGUGUGGGUGCGGCAUCCCGAAUCCUGCGCCCAAGCCGUCGCCUUGGCCGAGAGCUUCCAGUUGGGACAGGGCGAUCCCGAUGGGAUUUGGGAGCAGCAGGUGACGGUGCGUGUGAAGGUGGAGGAGGUGGCUCCAGGGGACGCAGAGGAUCCUGAAACGGUGGGGGACCCACCGAGCCCCCCAUCGGAGUCACCCCAGCUCCCCUCCGGGGACAGCUGGCGGGAGGACGUGGCCUGGGGCAAGGUCAAGUUUGUCCCCGAGGAAGAUGAGCGGCACCUGCAGGAAACAGGUCCCACCAUGGCAAGCAGAGACCCGGAGGCAUCCCUUUUGCAAGAGCAAGACCCCCCGCACCCACCCAGCACCCUCCGGGGCAUCCCGGCAGUCAGGACCCCCGCCCGGAGAGGGUCCCACCGGCAACAGAUCCCACGGGAUCCCACCACCUUCCCACAGCCCCUUUCCCAAGGCCUGCCGGGACCGACGGAGGGCACCGGGAGCCCGGAGAAGCCCUGGGGGAAGCCGGAGCCGUCGGCGCAGGGGAAGGACCGUCCGUACCCCUGCGGCGAGUGCGGCAAGAGCUUCGGCCGGUUGACCCACCUGAAGACCCACCAGCGAACGCACACGGGGGUGAAGCCCUACGCCUGCGGGGCUUGCGGCAAGAGCUUCGGGCACCUCUCCACCCUCACCACCCACCAGCGGCUGCACACGGGCGAGCGUCCCUACGCCUGCGGCUCCUGCGGCAAGACCUUCACCAACCCCUCGGACCUCAACAAGCACCAACGGUCGCACACGGGGGAGCGCCCCUACCCUUGCGCCGCCUGCGGCAAACGCUUCAGCCAACAAUCCAACCUCACCAUGCACCAACGGAGCCACACCGAGGAGCGACCCUACCCCUGCGCCGCCUGCGGCAAGAGCUUCAAGUACUUGGCAGACCUGACGGUGCACGAGCGCUCGCACACGGGCGAGAGACCCUUCCCCUGUCCCCACUGCGGGAAGAGCUUCAGCAACAAGUCCUCCCUUGCUCGGCACACGCGUAUCCAUGCCCGGGCGGCCGCCAGGGACAAAUGAUGAGGUUUGGUGGUGGGGAGGAGGAGGAGGAGGGCGGCACCUCUUCAUCCCCGGUGAUGGGUGAUCACCACAGGGGGCGGACGGUUGAGGUUGGGUGGGCGAGGUAGACCUGGUGGCCGCUCAGGGUGGCCGGUGCGGGUUUCAUCGCCACCCGGCACCGCGGGCAGCCUGGAGGAGCCGCGGCGUGGCUGGGGGUAAAGACAAGCUGGUGACUGACGUUCCUCCACGAGCCUGGUGGCUCCAGGAUGCAGCUCGUGGUCCCAGGGAUGUGCUGUGGGCGAUGAGCUGGUGAUUGAUGCCCUCCAUGAGCCUGGUGGCUCCAGGACAUGUCUCCCCUGGUCCUGCAGGAGAUGCAGCGUGGCUGGGGGCGCCGACAAGCUGAUGACUGAUGUCCCCCACGAGCCUGGUGGCUCCAGGAUGCGUCUCCCUGGUCCUGCAGGAGAUGCAGCGUGGCUGGGGGCGCCGACAAGCUGAUGACUGAUGUCCCCCACGAGCCUGGUGGCUCCAGGAUGCGUCUCCCUGGUCCUGCAGGAGAUGCAGCGUGGCUGGGGGCGCCGACAAGCUGAUGACUGAUGUCCCCCACGAGCCUGGUGGCUCCAGGACGUGUCUCCCCUGGUCCUGCAGGAGAUGCAGCGUGGCUGGGGGCGCCGACAAGCUGAUGACUGAUGUCCCCCACGAGCCUGGUGGCUCCAGGACGUGUCUCCCCUGGUCCUGCAGGAGAUGCAGCGUGGCUGGGGGCGCCGACAAGCUGAUGACUGAUGUCCCCCACGAGCCUGGUGGCUCCAGGACAGCGUCCCAACGGAGGUGGACCACGGAUGGGGAUGAAGACGAACUGCUCAUCGAUGUCCCCCAUGAGCCUGGUGGCUCCCUGGUCCCUCGCCCACCUCCAGGCACAUCCACCUCCCCUCCACCCUAACCCCACCGCCAGGACACCCCGUCUCCCCCCAGCCCCCUCCGAUUACAACUCACCUUUUUUUUUCCCCCCCCUCCCCUUUUUGGUAUAUUUAUUCAUCACGGCGAGCGCCGUCCGCUUAAAUUUCAAGAGACCAACCUACCUCACGGGCCGCUUGCCCGGGCGCCCAGGGCUGGACGCGGGCGCCGGGGUGGCUCGGGCAGCCCUUCGCGCCUCUGUUUCCCUCCUCCCGGCGGGUUCGUCUGUGUCCCCCCCCCAAUUUCUGCCCUCCCCCCUUCCUGUAACGACAGUUUUAGCCCA